AAUGCUUCUUAAAGCUCAMUGAGCUCAUCGAGCUUUGGGAUUCCUGUGCUUAUGCUUGGUGUCUCCAAUGGUGCAUUUCGGGAUAGUUAUUGAGAUCCAACAUGGCGGCCGCCUUGCUUGAUAAUCAGCAAAAACAGUCGACGAAUCUAUUCGCCGCAGAUAGAUCUCUACGAUCGGUUUUCGUUGGAAAUAUCCCCUAUGAAGCRUCCGAAGAGCAGCUUAAAGAAAUAUUUUCUGAAGUUGGUCCAGUUGUUAGUUUCAGGCUAGUAUUUGAUCGUGAAACUGGGAAACCAAAGGGYUAUGGAUUUUGUGAAUACAAAGAUCAAGAGACAGCUCUCAGUGCCAUGCGUAACCUAAAUGGCUAUGAACUUAAUGGCAGGGCUCUUAGAGUUGACAGUGCUGCGUCAGAAAAGAACAAAGAAGAGAUGAGAGGUAUAGAAGCAAUGGCACGUCCAGACAGCAGUCCCCAUGGACCAGUUGUUCCRCCWGGAGAAGCUCCUGAGGCUAUAACACAAGCUGUGGCAAGUUUACCGCCUGAGCAAAUGUUUGAACUUAUGAAACAAAUGAAGAUUUGCAUUCAAAACAAUCCAGAGGAAGCAAGACAGAUGUUGCUGCAGAAUCCUCAGCUAGCAUAUGCUUUAUUACAGGCCCAGGUUGUCAUGAAGAUUGUUGAUCCAGUUAUUGCACAGAGCAUCCUUCAUAAGCCAAAUGAAGCUGCGGCUCCAAUUCAGCCAGGUGGUCCUCAGCCCCAACAACAGCCAUCAGGACCCCAGGGACCCCUGGGGCCAGGACCAUUCCCUUCAACAGGACCUGAUAUGGGUAGACGGCCACCACCUCAUGAAAUGAGAGGACCACAUGACCAAUGGGGACCAGGUCCAGAUCAGAGAGGUGGCCCUGAUAUGCGAGGGCAUGGGAUGCCGCCUGACAUACAUGACAGAGGUGGUCCAAAUCACAGAGACUUUCAUGGGCCUCCUGAUGGACCUCCACCCCAUGGGCGUGGCAUGCCUCCACAUGAAAGGGGUCCUGAUUUYAGAGGUCAUCCUGACAGAGGGUUUGAAAAUAGAGAUAUGAGAGGGUUUGAUCCAAGGGAUCCAAGAUCACGAGAACCACCAAGAAUGGAACCACGAGACGAAAGGAGAGGUCCCCCAAUGGAUCAUAGGGACAUGCGUGACCCAAGAGGUGGCCCWCCACCYCCAGAGCAGCGAUAUGGAGGCCCUGGGGGACCAAGAGAUCCUCGUGAUCCAAGAUCUGACAGAGGCCCACCUGACCGAUUCCACAAAGGUCCACAACAUUCACCWCAGCAACARUGGGGACCACCCCAAGGAGGACCACCCAGGGGACCAAAUGGCCCUGGACCUAGUGGGCCCCCUGGAAAUAUUCGACCCCCUGGGCCUGGGGGACCUCCAGUAUCUAGUGCCCCAAAUGUUCCAGCGUCUGGACCAGAYAUAUCUGCACAAGAUCAAGAGAAGGCUGCUCUCAUCAUGCAAGUUCUAAGUUUAACCGACCAACAGAUUGCACUUCUACCAGAAGARCAACGUCAAAGUAUUAUGAUGUUAAAGGAACAAAUAGGACGGUCAUAAGUAAAACACCAUCAGCAUCUAAAUUAUCAGUGAAAUAAAAGAGAAAACAUGCUGUACUUUGACAUAGUUUAAGUGUUCCAUAGACUCACUUUAAUCUGUGAACGAGAGAUGGGAAAUUUCCCUUCCUUUGUUUCUGUUUGUUACCAUGAAAAUUCAGUCCAAGUUAGAUAUCACUUGCCACAGUUUACAUUACUAUAAUAAAGUGCUCGUGUGAAACCAAGUGAUCAA